CAUGGCAUGUGGCCAUGCAGAAUUUGAAGCCCCUCGAAGAGGGUUGCAAUGGUUGCGCUUGUGGUUCUGGCUCCUGCCCUUGCUGGAGGCUACAUCAUGCCCAAAUCUUGAAGCAACACCAGACACUCGCUUCUACGAUGAGGAGGCUCAGGUUGCAAGGAGCACGGCUGGACUUCUGAGCAUCAUCCGGGAGGACAUCACGCCCCGACAGCUACUCGAGAUCCUCAAUGUGAACCUGCGACAGUCAAAUCGGAUUUUUGGUGCUGCUAUUGCCUUUGAGCCCGACUCCUAUCCAUGGAUCAAUGGAAGUCUCUCUCCCUCCUUCCCUGAACUCGGUGAGGGAGUACCCAGUUACUCUGGAGAUUACACUUGGACAGGUGCCACUGCACCCAACACUCUUGCACCUCAAGAGGUAUGGCAAGGUGAAAAGCGAGUGCUGUACUCGCCCUAUGUUGCAAGGGGUGGUAUUUCCAUGGAUUUAGCCGAUUCUUACAAUUAUUUUGCCAAUGGCACCGAAUGGUAUCAUGAUGCUCGCACCCGAUUUCUCAACGAGGAACUCCUUUUUUUGGAAGGGGUUUGGGGAUCACCAUAUUUCGAUGCGGGGGCCGGUGAAAUUUGCAUGAUCACCUAUUCAGUCCCAUUCACUCGCCUCAUUCCAGUUCCUCAAGUUCCGGUUCCUGACUGGUUAGAUACCUCACUCUAUGGGCUUUCUGUGAAUCGAGGGAGGCAAACGAACAGUGGCGUUCGUUAUUUUUGGGGCAUCGCCACCGUAGACAUUGAUCUCAGCAUCGUGAGCUUCACCUGUGAUCCCGACAAAGGCGCCGAGCCAGGAUCCUUCUUCAACAAUAAGACGGGAAGAUGCGAACAGUGUCCUGUUGGGAGCAGAUUGCUUGACAAUAUUUGCAUCUCAUGCUAUGAAUACGAAUAUUCCACGGAAGACAGGUCAGAUUGCUUGCUGAAUGAGCUGUACGUGCUGUAUGGUUUUGUUUUUCAUUUGUGGCUGGCCAUCGUUGUUCUGCCUGCUGGCUUAAAGCUGCAAAGGCGUUUCUAUGUUUUCGGAGUGAAGCAUGAUGGUGAGACUGGAGGAUUCAUUCUGCAGCUAUGCAACAAGCAUGGCAUCCAUGUAAGUUCUUCCAGACAGAAGAAAUCCUUUCCACGAAUCUACAUGUACGGCACUGGUCACGAGGUUUUGGACAAUCCUCGAGAUACAGUUCAUUUCCGAGUCUAUUCAGAGGAUCAGCUACAGCUUUUGUGGAUCCCAAAGACUCCAGGCGACAUAUGCAACCCAAAGUCUCCAACAGCCACGUUCCAAGAGCCUUGGGAUGAUAAAGACAAAGGACCAUUCAUGAAUUUGACUGAGUUCACCAAGGUUUCAGGAUAUGUCAGAUUUGGAGUGUUCUGGGAGCUGAUGCAUAUCACAAUGUGCCGCGUUCCCAUUCUGAUGUGGCUGGCACCUCCCUUCGGAUUUACUUUAGGUACUGUGAUCCUUUGGAGAAUAGAGGCUUUUCAAAAUGGCAAUGGCGCACUGGCAAGCAUCUUAAGUACACUUUUUGCAAUCUUGUUUUGGGGGUCCUUCAUCGUGACUACUCGCUGUUUUUGGCAGCAAACCGCUACAUACAAGCAGAACCAGAGACACCAGCUUCUCAAUGAACGAGCACUCAUCGAGAUGUUGGAGCAGUCCUGUUGGGCAAAAGACCAUGAAGAACAGCAUAAGGCUCGCACGGAACUACUCAAGCUUGGCCGAGAAGAACACGACAUCAAAGACCUGACUGACACGAUUCAAAAGAAACAAAGCCAAGAAGCUGGAGUAAGCGUUGCCUACCUUCGAUCUGAAGAAUUCCUGAAGGAAGUCGAGCAUCGCUGCAAGCCGGAUGAUCCCAAAAACUUUGAUCCCACUUUUUACACCUUGAAGGAGGCCUUCUUUUUCAGUACAGAUAGUAAUGAUGAUCCAAUGCCACUUGGAAAGGACCGCAUCUGCCCAAGAGAUGGAAGAUAUGGUUGUGCAUUGGUGGAUACUCUUUCUCCAAGAUACAGGCGAAAAGCCACACACUAUUUGUCUUGGACCUGGAAAUACAAACUCAGCCUCGUCCAAGACGCUCUUCAGUGCCUGCUGGAGGAAUUGAACCUGACCUCAGAUGAUGUUUUCUUGUAUAUGUGUUUCUUCGUGAACAAUCAGUAUCGCAUUCUUUUUGAAAAGGAUGGUGUUGGCAGCUCAAAUUUGGAACAUGUUUUUGAAAGUACUCUAAAUCGAAUUGGGCACAUGGUGGCCAUUUUGGAUGACUGGUACGCCCCCGUGUACUUGACCAGAAUCUGGACAAUCUUUGAGCAAUUCACUGCAAUCAAAUUGGGAAAUGUGAAAGUCACCAUGGUGCUCCCACAACAGCAAAAUCACAGUUUGGUUGAGCAGAUCAGAGAAGGCGAGGAUGGAAUCCGUCAUGUGACUCAGUGCCUCUGCAAGUUUCAGUCCAAACAUGCCACAGCAUUCUCUCCGGAAGAUGAGGAGAAUGUUAAGAAACUCAUUAGGCCCACGAUCGGCUUUAGAGAGGUGGAUAGGAGGAUUGAACAGUUCAUGCUUGCCUGGGUUAGCCAUGUCGUGCAGGAGUAUAUGAAGAGUUUGAUGAUCUACGUGUCAGGAGGGGACAACAAUAGCCAGUUCUUCAAGUCAGAAAGAUUUGGAAACAUCGAAGCAAAUCCAGAGGAUCAGCAUGAAGCUGCGAGACAAGCUGCCUCUGAUGUCAGUGAUCCAAAGUCCUCAGAGGUUCUACUUGAUGUAUUUUCACUUUGAGGGCUGGCUUUGAUCGCAGGCUGAGAACGCGCAGCACGAUUUUUCUUGCAGUGACACUGCUGUGAAAUAGUGGUGCCACAGAUGCAUGUUUUUUUGGCUGAGCAGUGUAGUAGGGUCACAGGUGCCACAAACUUUUGAUCCAAGUUCCGCAAGAGACAACCAGUCCCAACAGUGGCACCAUGUGGCCUCACUGCAGUCACGUUUCACCGGCUCUGCUCGACUGGAAACCAUGUCUUGAGGUUUUCAGGGCCAGUACAGAAGCUUGCGAUCUGCAACAGAUUGCGCCUGCAACAGCGAUUUGCAGGUGAUACUUUGGAUUUUCGUGUUUGAAGCACCAUUUUCAAUGGGUAAAUCCACUAUAAA